AUGGAUGUUCCACCAGGCCUUGAUCUUCAGAGGGAAUCUUCUGGGAACAGACUUUUUUGCAAGUUAAAUAAGUCCAUUUAUGGGUUAAAGCAAGUCUCACAACAAUGGUUUGAUAAAUUUUCCACCUUUAUGAAAGUUUUGGGUUAUUCUCAAUCAAAAUCUGAUUAUUCUUUAUUUCAUAAAGGAUCACGGGACAAAUAUGAGGCAUUACUUGUUUAUGUUGAUGAUAUUAUCAUUACAGACCCCUACAAAGAAGGAAUUGCAUUCUUAAAGCAGCAAUUGAGUUUACAAUUCAAGCUUAAAGAUUUGGGUUUUUUAGGCUAUUUUUUGGGAAUGGAAAUAACAAGAUCCAAAGAAGGUAUUUUUGUCUCACAAUGGAAUUAUACUCUUCAAUUACUUGAAGAUACCGGGUUACUUGCCACUAAACCAAAAGAUACACCUGUGGAUCCACGAGUUGAUCUUAAUGACAAAUCUGGAGAAGAAUAUUAUGAUCAAUCCAAGUACAGAAGACUUGUUGAUGAUGACUUGGAGGAGCAACUAAGUAAUGGUAAAGUGUGUGUAAGUUCAAGCAUUACCAGUUUUAUAUGUGCUAAUCCAAUUGUUUCAAUUGAAGGGAAGGAGUACAUGGUACAGGUUCGUGAUAUUGCAUCUUGGUGUCCAGACAUUAAGAGAGUUGAGGAUAAUAUGGAUAGGAAGUCUCAACAACAUGAGACAGAGUCGGAAUAUGAAGAAGAUGACUACAGUGUGGCUGAUGAGGGUCGGGUGAAUUUGGAUUAA